CUCGGGGUGUGGCCGCCCCGCGCCCCGCCCCGCGCCCCUCCUCCGAGGACUGCUCCCGGCUUGAGUGGUCGCUCCACGUCUCUGCUCCGCACCGCAAGCAGCGCGUCGGCCGCUCGAUCCCCUCCAGCUUCCUGGUCCCUGCGCCGUGUCGGAGCCCCACUGGCUCUGCGCUCCCCCGGGACCCCUGCCGCGUCCCCUCCGCGCCUCUCGGGAUCUGCACGGGAGCGGCAGCCUCCGGGCCGGGGCGGGCGGAAGCGGCCGAGAAGCCACGUGUCCCUUGGCGGCUGGCGGAGGGGCCGGCGCGCCCGGUGGCCGCGAGGACCAUGGCCAACAGUGAGCGCACCUUCAUCGCCAUCAAACCGGACGGCGUGCAGCGCGGCCUGGUGGGCGACAUCAUCAAGCGCUUCGAGCAGAAGGGAUUCCGCCUUGUGGCCAUGAAGUUUGUUCAGGCCUCCGAGGAACACUUGAAGCAGCAUUACAUUGAUCUGAAAGACCGCCCGUUCUUCCCUGGGCUGGUGAAGUACAUGAACUCCGGACCAGUUGUGGCCAUGGUCUGGGAGGGGCUGAAUGUGGUGAAGACAGGUCGAGUGAUGCUUGGGGAGACCAAUCCAGCUGAUUCUAAGCCAGGCACCAUUCGUGGGGAUUUCUGUAUCCAAGUUGGCAGGAACAUCGUUCAUGGCAGUGAUUCAGUAAAAAGUGCUGAGAAAGAAAUCAAUCUGUGGUUUAAGCCAGAAGAACUGAUUGACUACAAGCCUUGUGCCCAUGACUGGGUCUAUGAAUGAGGUGGACAGAGCAGCAGUCUCCUCCCCUUUGACACUGCUUGAUGUGCCCCUACACACAGCUCUGCAUUCCACAGACUUGGAAGCAGUAGGAUUCAGGAUUCUUUUCUAAAGUACAUUACCAAUAAAGACUCGUAACUGGG